AUUCACAUUUCACAACCUCUGGAGAGACAAUGGCUCUCAACAAAAAAGUUGGGAUUAUCGGAUUCUGUUCGGUCCUCCUGGUAGCCAUGGUGGUCGGUGUGGUGUACACUCAUGUUAACAGCGGUGACAGUGAGGCAGAGGAGGGUAAAAAAGACCAAAUUAAGGAAUCGCGAAAAGCUGUAAAAUCAAUUUGUCAGCCUACACAAUACAGGGAGACCUGUGAAAAAAAUCUCAUGCCUGUGGCAAAAAAUGACACGGACCCGAAAGAUUUGAUUAAGGCCGGGUUUGAUUUUGCAAUGCAACAUAUACAUGAGACAGUUAAGCAAUCGAAGCUGUUGCAAGAGGCGGAGAAGGAUCCGAGGACAGCCUCAGCUUUUAAAGUUUGUAAGAACGUUCUGAGGCGAGCAUUAAAAGAUUUACAGAGAUCGUUUGACAGAAUGACUGAUUUUGAUUUUGAGGACCUGGAUGAUCGCCUUUUCGAUCUUAAAGUAUGGCUAUCGAGUGCCAGUAAAGGUCAGAACACUUGUUGUGAUGCUUUUGAAAAAACAACAGGGGAGGCAGGGGAAAAAAUGAAGGAGCUUUUAAGAAUAUCUAAAGAGCUCACAAUUAAUGGUUUCCAAAUGAUUGAUGAACUAACCCGUGUUUUGAAGGAUAUGCAAAUACAAGGCACAAAUACGCGAAAACUAUUGCAGGUUCCUUUGCCUCCGGACCAAACACCUGCUUGGGUGAAGCCGGAAUGGAAAGAUCUCCUUAAAGGCGACUGUGCCAAAACAAAGGCUCAUGCGAUUGUGGCAGCGGAUGGUUCUGGCAAAUUUAAAACUGUUGGCGAAGCAAUAAAAUCGAUUCCACCAGAUAAUCCAGACGUGUAUAUUAUAUACGUUAAGACUGGUGUUUAUGCUGAAAAUGUUUUGAUUGGACCUAAUAUGCCUAAUGUGGUGUUGGUUGGAGAUGGCCCGACUGCGUCGAAGAUCACGGGUUCCAGAUCGGAGAAGUGUGGUUACAACACACUGCAAUCUGCAACUGUUGGAGUGGAGGGAUUCAAUUUCUUGGCAAAAGACAUGGGAUUCGAGAACACAGCACCAGCAGAUGCAGGUCCUGCAGUGGCACUUCGCAUAGCAGCUGACAAAUCAGUUGUGAUCAAUUGUCGUAUGGAUGGUUUCCAAGACACUCUCUUCGCUCAAGUUUACCGCCAGUUCUACCGUGAUUGUAUUGUAUCAGGCACCAUUGAUUUUGUUUUCGGAGGUGGAAUUGCCAUCUUCCAAAACUGUCAAAUAUAUGCGAGAAAACCUGCAGUAGGACAGGCUAACAUGAUAUUAGCACAAAAUCGAGAAUUUAAGGAUGACAUUUCAGGAAUAGUCCUAGACAGUUGUUCUUUGGGUCCACAACCUGAUCUCGCGGCUGAUCCUGUAAUCCAAUCUUUCUUGGGCCGCCCCUGGAAACCGUUUUCGAGAAUGAUUGUUAUGAAUUCACAGAUUGAAGGUUUUAUUAAUGCGUCAGGAUGGGAUAUUUGGCUCCCUAACCAACCAAAUACUCAGGAUUCAUAUAUUGUAGAGUACAACAACAAAGGCCCCGGGGCAGAUGUUUCGAAGAGGGUGACAUGGCCUAGUAUUAAGAAAAUUGCUGGUGAUGAAGCUAAUACAUAUACCACUACAGCUUUCCUAAAAGGGGACACGUGGAUUCCAGCUACCGGUGUUCCUUGCACGGCAAGUGGUCCACCUAGCCUUUCAGCUGCUCCUGCAGGUGGCGGUGCCCCUGCUAGCGGGGGUGCCCCUGCCAGCGGGGGUGCCCCGGCUAGUGGGGGUGCCCCGGCCAGUGGCGGUGCCCCUGCGAGCGGCGGUUCCCCUGCUAGCGGCGGUUCCCCUGCCUGAACCACCACUGCCACUAAAGUGUUGAUUGUAUAGCUUUUGUAAAUAGGCAGAAAUGAAAACCAUGCAAGCAUGUCACCGCAAUUAUUUAUUUUUACCAAAAUGAUUAUAAUGUUGCCAUAUAUAAUUUGGCAAUGUUGUGCAAUUUAUGUAGGCCUUCAGGAUGUACAUCAUCUUUUUUUUAUUGGCAUGAGUCAUUUAUUUUUUAUAUAUGUUUUUCAUCUCAGGUUUUAAAC